UUGUUGUUUUUGUUGUUUAAAUUGGUAGGUUUUAUGUUUUUUAUUCUACCUUGUGGUUGCAAGAAUAAAUGCCAUCCUCUUUCAGAUACACAUGGAGAUGGUAUGUAUGGUGCAGAUGAAGGAGUGGUUUUGACUUCUCCUCCCUCAACAUGUGAUCGUGAUGAGAGCUAUGCAAAAGGGAUUCCGCCGUACGGCUUGCUGACACAUUCAUCACAAGAUGGGUUUUCUUCUUCCGAUAAAACAGGUGAUGUCACUUCUCCUGCUGAUGCUUGUUAUGAGUUUCAUACUGCUACACCUGACAUUACUUCCCCUCCAUCACCUGAUUCUCAUGGUGAUAUAAGUAUUUUAUCAGCUCAAGGGCAACAAGUUCAAUCUUCGUCCCUCCACGAAAGUGUUAGCCCGCAUGUAAUUGAAAAGGAUGUAAAACCUCAUACGAUAACUUUAUGUAGUACUUCGGCUAAUCCCAAACCCCAAAUUACAGGAAUGGAGUUGAAUAUUGAAAAAACUGAAUUUCCUUCAUUGCAGGGUUUAGAAAGUUGUGAUAAUGGUACCAAGUCUUUCAAUAAAUCUCAGUGCCUGCCUUCUGAAACAAAUGUCAAAAGUAUGGAUGUAGUAGACAGUUCUAAACCUUCAUUAGAACAUGUUUCCGAGCUUGAAGUUGAUGUCAGCAAAGCACCCCAGUCUGAUGGAGCAUCUGCUGCUAGCAGCAAAUCUGAAGGGAGCAAAGAAACUUUGACAUUAAUUUCAUCAGAAUCUUGUCAAAUAUCUAUUACCAAAACUGAAGAAGAAAGUGAUUCCGAAUCUGAAGAAAAUUCUGUUAUAGAGAGAGAUCCUUCACUGCUGGACUCUGAUUCAACAGGUUACGGAGACCAGAAGUCUGACACUGAUAGCUCGUAUGUUGAAGAAGAAGAAGUGUCAAUUUCUGAUUCAGAUGAAUCAAUUCCUUUUGGAAACUCUGAUAAUAAAGAAACAGAAAAGAAAAAAUCUCUUGAUGAAGAAUUAAUUUCGAAACAAACUGCUGCUGAAACUUCAUAUAUUGAAAGUCAAGAAAGGAUGCCUACAUUUUAUACUGAUGCUUUGGAUUCUCGACAAAAUCAUGAAGCAUCCAGUACAAGUGCAGACAGCAAGAAAGAGUGCCAAAAAAGUGAAGUUAUUGCAAAAUCUAAGGUUGGUUCACUAUCGAGUAGUGACUCAACUUCAGAUUCAGCAGCAAGUAUCAUAGAAACUGUACCUCAGAAAUUGAAAUCUGAACUGUCAUCAGUGUCUCAAAAAUCUACGUCAAAUGUAGUAGAAACUUUAAGUGCAGUGAAGUUGUUAUCGUCAGUUGAGGAAGAUGAUCCAAAUUUUCAGGAAGGCCCUCAAACUGUUGAAGACAGUUCUUCAGAUAGGGAUGAAUAUAUGUAUACAUCCGAUAUUGAAGCUAAAGUCAUCCAAGAAAAAAUUGAAUCUCUCAUUUCAGAAGUAGCUGAAGAAAUGAGAAAAGGUCAAUGCUCAUUUGAUGAAACAAUAAAGGAAUAUCAUACAGAAACUCUUAAGGCAUUAGAAGCUGUUGAGGGUGAUAAUCAUUCCUCGGGAGAUAUGCCUGAUGAGAGUUUGGAACAGUACUAUUCUUUAGAUGAAACUCACAGUGUUGACAGUAAUGAGACACUUGAAUUUGCUGAAGAAAGUGCUGAAAUGAAAGAUACAGAAAUGGUUGUGACAGCAGACAUGACAGCAUCUGAUGAUAUGCUGAAAAAGGUUGUGGAUGACUCUAAAAAGAGCUUUGAAGAAGAAAGUUUGAAAAAAGGUGUCCCUAAGAUGGAUAUUGGUAGCUUGUCUGAGUUGGAAGUAAUUCCUUCUAAAGUUGAAAUGUCUAUUUUGGAAGAUAAAGUGGUUUCAAUGGAAGGAAAUCCAACAGAGACACAAGAGGCCCACAGAAAAAGUAUGGAAACAUGUCCAGCUGACAAAGCUCAUAUACAAGAUGUAAGUGUGAAAGACCAAAGCAAGGAGGCAUCAGAAACAAGCAAGGAAGUUCAAUCAUCAGUUGAAUGUUUGAGGGAAAUGAAAACCAAACCAAAGGAGAGUGAUACCCAUUUGGAAGAAGACUCACAAAAUACUACUGGUAUAUCUUCUGGUACUUAUCUUGGGAAAAGAUUAAGCCUUGUAGAGUUUAUGGCAGAAAGUCCACGGGAAAUGAUGGAAAUAGCUAGAAGAGGAAGCAUCAUUGACACAAAGUCAGUUUUUUCUGAGGUUACACAAGUGAAGCCAAUAGAAUCAUCUCCCAUAGUAGUUAAAGAGCAGACAGCAAUUUCAGAGCCUGCACCCACAUUAAUAAAAAAGGAUGUAAAAUGUACAGAAACUGUACCUCCUCUAGCAAAAGAGGAAAUAUUCAUUGAAAAGACUGCACCUUCUGAGGUUGAAGAAAUAAAAGCAGUAGAGAUUGCAGAAAUUGUGGUUAAAAGUGUACAACCUACAGAAUCAGUUUCUCUUUUUGAAGAAUUAGAACAACCUGAAACAACUGCAUUUCCUCUAAUUAAAGAAGAAAAAGCUAUUAAAAUGAUCCCAUGUACUCCACCGGAAUCCAUUAUACAUGAAGUAAAACUAAGAGAGACUGAACCUUCUGUAAUUAAAGAAGAAAAAGCUAUUAAAACGAUCCCAUGUACUCCGCCUGAACCCAUUAAACAAGAAGUAAAGCCAGUAGAAACUGCACCUGCAAUGAUCAAACAAGAGAUAAAACAAGAUGUUGAGGCUGCACCUUUAGUUAAAAAAGAAGAAACUCCAGCAGAAACUAUGCCCACAGUGAUAAAAGAAGAGGUAAAACCAGCAGAUACUGCACCAACAGUGAUAAAAGAAGAAGUAAAACAAGUUGAAACAACUCCUACAAUGGUUAAAGAGGAGGUAAAACAAGCGGAGACUGCACCUACAGUUGUUAAAGAGGAGGUAAAACCAGCUGAGACUGUACUUACAGAGGUUAAAGAGGAGAUAAACCAUUUAAAAGAAACAACUUUCGACUCACAAGAUAUUGCCAGUGUCCCUUCUGAUACUUUUCUGGAAAAAAGACUAAGUCUGGUAGAAUUUAUAUCAGAAAAUCCAUUAGAAGAUAUGGAAUUAACCAGAAGUGGAAGCAUUAUCAAAACAACUGAACCAGACAAAACUGAUGAUAAUCCUGGUGAUGGUGAAAAAUCCCACAUGAAAAAUGGUAUAAAUCCCACAAAAACUGAAUCUGCUGAAGUCAAAGAAGAGACUUUAUGUGCCAGUACUGAACCCGGUGAAUUUAAGGAAAUAACAAAACUCCCCUCUGUUACAGAUAAAGAUGAAGCAAAAUUAAAAGAAACCGCCAAAGAUGAUGAGCCAAAAAUAUUUGAAAGUGCUGUUUCUAUCACUGAAGAAAGUAUAAAACCAACUCAACCUGUUCCUGCAAACAUUGAAGAGGAAAUGAAAGCAGCAGAGGUUAAAGAGAAAGUAAAGCCAGAAGAAAUUGUAUCUAUAGAUGCAGAGGUAGAGGUAAAACCGACAGAAGCUGUGAUUAUGGAGAAAGAAUUAGACAAGAUAACUCCAGAUAUAAAAGAACUAAAAUCUAUGAAGAUGGCUCCUAUAGAGUUUCCAGAAGAAACAUUGAUUGAUAUUGCAGAUGACGAGCUAAAACAUGCAGAGAUUGCACCCAUGGAAAUUUCACUUGCAAAGGUUGAAGAAGUAAAACCAAAGGAAACUGCAUUUACAGAGAUCAAAGAAGUGACGCCUGCAGGAGUGGUAACCACAGAAGAAAUACCAGCAGAAAAUGUAGCCACAGUGAUAAAAGAAGAAAUAACAGCUUCAAAAUUUGAAGCAGUGAUGAUUCCUGUAGAGACAGCACCUGAAGAAAGUUUAAAACCAAUAGAGACAGGACCUUUAACUGCAGAAGUGGAAAUAAAAUCUGCAGAAAUUUUAAAGACCUUGGCUAAAGAUGAUGUUGCAAGUGAAGAAGCUGCACCUACAAUAGUUAAAGAGGAAACAGCUCAAGAACCAGCACUUGUAGAGGUCAAAGAUGUUGACCUUAUUGCAUUUCAAGAGAAAGAUGAAAUAGAACCAGCAGAUACCAAACCUCCUGUGAUCAAAGAAAUGAAACCUGCGGAUACUCUACCUAUUGAAGUCAAAGAGGAAUUAGAGUUUGUAGAGGCUCUGAAAACAACAAAACCUUUAGAAACCCUACCUGUGGAAGCCACUGUGGAAGUAAAACUGUCUAAAACUACUCCCAUGGAAGAGCCAGAUCAAAUGAAACUUUUAGAAGGGGCAACUGUUGAAAUGAAGCCUCCAGAUUCUAGUAUUAUUCAUGUUGAACCUGCUAGUGUAACAUUGAGUGAAGGUGUGAAACUGACCGAUGUUGCUGCUAUAAAAGAAGAUAGCUCUGAAGAGGUUAUGUCUAGCAAAGCAAAAGAAGAAAAAAGUGGGUCUGAAAUGAUGGCUGAUUCAGAUGACAAGAGUACACUCUUGGUCACUGCACCUGAAGAACAAAGUAAAGCUGCACAUGCAGAAGUUAUUAUUGAAAAGAAAACAAUUGUGGAAGUUCAAAGCAAAGCAACUACUGAAGAUCCUUUGAAGGGUGCAGAAGAAAUAGCUCUUGAUAAAGAAAUAUCUCAAAGUGUUACUAAAGAGCAGACAGAUGUAUUGGAUGCACCGUGUGAAGUUGCAGAGAAAGUAAGACCUGAUACUGGUGAUGAAUCAUUACCUGUUCAAGAGAAUGUUAUGCAUAGUGAACAUGAAUCUAUCACAACUGAACUUGCUAACAAGAUAGAUUUAGAAAAAUCUGAGUUAGAAGAUUUUAUCCAAAUGGGUCAACCUGAAAAAUCACCAAGUUCUAGUUUAGCAGUUGUUAAAGAACCUGAUUCUCAUAGUUUAAGUGAUCAAAUUGACUCAUCUAUUAGCUUUCAUAGUAAAGACAUUGAGAAGGAAGCUGUAAUUAUUGAAGUACAGGAUGAACAUAAAUCAAGUAGUAUUGACUUAGUUACCGAUGCUAAUUUAAAUGCCUUAGAGGCACUGAGUUUUGAAACUGUAGUUGAAAAGCCAGCUGAUAAUCUUUCAAAAGCUGAUCUAAAAGAAUCUGAGGCAUCAAAAGAUGCCUCUAAGACUGAUGAAGUCGCAAAGAGGAUAACUGAAGCUACAGUCUGUGAGGUUGUAGAGAAAGUACACCCAUCUGACUCCGCAACAACUAAGAUUGUAGAGAAAGUAAAUCUGAGCAGUGCUGCAACAGCUGAGCUUGUAGAGGAAGGAGGAAAAGCUGACACUACAACCUCUGAUGUUGCAGAAGUAAUCCAAUCAGUUGUGACUGCCGAAAGUAAGUCUGAUGGUAGUGAGGAAAAAUACGAGGAUAAGGACAUGAAACAACCAUCGAAACAUACACCUGAAACAGUGUCUUCUGAGCAAGAAUUGGAGUCUACUAAAAAUGUGUGUGGAAUUUCACUGCAAGAUGUUAAACCGUAUGAAACUGCAACUUCUGUUGUUGCAAAAGAUCUAAUAAUGCCUGACAAUUUAACCGAUGAUGUCAAACCAUCAACCGAAACUGCACCCACAACUGAUUGUGUAAAGAAGGAUGAUGAUGCAGUCGAUGCGUUUAUUGCACCAGUAGCAUCCAUUCAAAAUGAAUCAAUAGCAAGACAGUCAAUGGAAGAAAGUCAGAUUGACAAAACAACUAUGGUGGAAAAAUCAGAUGCAGAAAAGCUAGAAGCUGAUCUUCCAAGAAGUUCAUUACAAGAGUUUGGCCAGGAAUAUGAUGAGAAAGGUGAUGAAGUAGAAUUAAGCAAAGAUACUCACGCAAAAGUAAAGGAUAUGCAACAACCUGAUGUGAAUGUAGUUAGUAUCAGUAAAGAAGGUGAAGAUGUAGUAGACUUAUUAGAUUCAGGGACUUCGUCUGAAGGGAUUAGUAAUAUAGAAGGUACAGAUGUAGCAAUUGCAAAAAUUGAAGCUAAAACAGUUGAAGAAGAAACAAAACUAUCAACAGAGAUUAAAUCAGAAGAAGUUCAGAAAGUUACAGUUGCAGAACCUGCAAUAGAAUUGGUGCAAGAAGAGACAUCUGCUAAAAUUGUUCCUGGAGAUAUUGAAGUGAAAGAAUCACACAGAGAAUAUGAAGAAAUAACAUGUGGAAAAGAAGAGGAGAUUAUUAAACCAGCCGAGAGUACACCACCAUUGGCUAAAGAUAGUGUGAAAUCAGUAGAAAGUGUAAUUUCAGCUACCACUGUAUCAAGUGAGGUUGAACAAGAGAAAUCUAAAGAAACUAAGUCGACAUCUAUUAAAGAAAAAUUAACAUCUACAGAGACUACAGACACCACAGUUGAUGAAGAAACAGUAAAACCUGCAGAGGUUAAAAAAGAGGAAAAACCAGCUGAGACUGCUCUCGCACUUGAUAAAGAUGAGAUCAAAGCAGAGGAAACUUUGGUUGCAUUAGUUAAGGAAGAAGUAAAACCAACAGAAAUUGCACAUUCACUGAUUAAAGAAGAGACAAAACCAGUUGAGACUGCACCGCCAGUGGCUAAAGAAGAGGUAGAAACUGAAGGAAAGGAGAGUGAUAGCCAUUUGGAAGAAGAUUCACAAGAUAUUGCUAGCAUACCUCCAAGUACUUAUCUUGAGAAGAGACUAAGUCUGGUAGAGUUUAUGGCAGAAAGUCCAUUGGAAGUAGUGGAAAUAACUAGAAGGGGAAGCAUCAUUCAAACAAAGGAGCCAGUUGUUUCUGAGGUUACACAAAUAAAGCAGAUAGAGACAAAAUCUGCAGAGCAAACAGCAAUUGCAGAGCCUGCACCUACGUUAAUUAAGGCGGAUAAAAGUGCUCCAGAAAUGACACCAGAAGUUAUUCAAGACGACAACCAAACAACUCAAGAGGUUUCUGAAAAGAAACAUGCAGAAGAUCUAGAAGAGAAAACUGUGCAUGCCAUUGAAGAUUUUGAAAAAGAAUCUGUGGCAGCUCCCGAGGAGAAUCCUGUGGGAGCUCCUGAAGAGAAAACUGUGGAGGCUCAUGAGGUAAAACCUGUGGAGGCCCCAGAGGAAAAACCUGUGGUGACUAUUGAGGAGAAACCUGUGGAGGCUCCUGAGGCAAAACUUGAGGAAGCUCCUGAGGUGAAACCUAUGGAGGCUCUCGAGGCAAAACCUGUUGAGGCUCCUGAUGCGAAACCAGUGGAGGCUCCUGAAGAGAAACCUGUGGAGGCUCCUGAGGUGAAACCUGUGGAGGCUCUUGAAGAGAAACUUGUUGAGGGUCCUGAAGAGAAGCCUGUGGAGGCUCCUGAGGCAAAACUUGAGGAAGCUCCUGAGGUGAAACCUGUGGAGGCUCCUGAAGAGAAACCAGUGGAGGCUCCUGAAGAGAAAUCUGUAGAGGCUCCAGAGGUGAAACCUGUGGAGGCUCUUGAAGAGAAACCAGUGGAGGCUCCUGAAGAGAAACCUGUGGAGGCUCCUGAGGCAAAACUUGAGGAAGCUCCUGAGGUGAAACCUUCGGAGGCUCCUGAGGCAAAGCCUGUUGAGGCUCCUGAAGAGAAACCAGUGGAGGCUCCUGAAGAGAAACCUGUGGAGGCUCCUGAGGCAAAACUUGAGGAAGCUCCUGAGGUGAAACCUGUGGAGGCUCCUGAGGCAAAACCUGUGGAGGCUCCUGAGGCAAAGCCUGUUGAGGCUCCUGAAGAGAAACCUGUGGAGGCUACUGAGGUGAAACCUGUGGAGGCUCUUGAAGAGAAACUUGUUGAGGGUCCUGAAGAGAAGCCUGUGGAGGCUCCUGAGGCAAAACUUGAGGAAGCUCCUGAGGUGAAACCUGUGGAGGCUCUUGAAGAGAAACCAGUGGAGGCUCCUGAAGAGAAACCUGUGGAGGCUCCUGAGGUGAAACCUGUGGAGGCUCUUGAAGAGAAACCUGUGGAGGCUCCUGAAGUGAAACCUGUGGAGGCUCCUGAGGAGAAACUUGUGGAGGCUCCUGAAGUGAAA